CGUCAAAUGGUGGGGGAGCUGAAUAUUUAGUGUAGGAAGCGACGAUAUUCUGACGCCCAGUAAUCUCAUAAUCAUACCCUUCUAUAACCUAUUGGGGAAGGCGCUAUAAUACGGGCAGUGUGGAAGCAUACGCCCGGUUGUGGCCGGCCUAGAUACAGGCUGCCAUGUAACCGAAUGAUGACUGAGGCUUCAAAACCAAACCACCAUUGGCCAACAAUGUGUGAUAAAGCUCGGUCCUUUCGUACAGUACCAAUCCUCCUCAAAGUCGGGAAAAUCCCCCAUAUGCAAGAUGAAGAUGAGCGAUUGCAACACAGAUGGAUGAACGGCACUGGCCGUGAAGUCAUAUUAUUGAAGCUGGUGAUAGAUCACGUACAGAUAGCCAACGACAGCUAAUAUUUGAAGAGGCGAAAUUCCGGACGAACCGGAUUCUUGGACAGUUCAGAAGACAGUGUAUUCUCUGAAAUCCCCCCAUUCCAAGAUGUACCUCGCAUCCGCACUCCAAGGCCUAGACCUUGAAAUAACCGCGACGAAGGCUUUCGUAGCAUGCUUUGCUCUUAUAAUUACGACAACGAUAUACAAGUUGGUAUACAACGCUUACUUCCACCCCCUUGCUUCUCUUCCUGGUCCAUUUCUGUAUCGAACAACCGAGUUUCCCUACCGUUGGCAGCAAGUUCGGGGCCGAGAGACCUACAUACUAGCCAAGCUUCACCAAAAGUACGGACAUGUUGUGAGAAUCGCGCCAAAUGAUGUAUCCUAUACGGGCCCGGAAGCCUGGAAGGCUAUCUACGGGCAUCACGUUACACCAGGUGGAUCUUACUUGUCACGUAACCUGCCUGCAGGCCCGGACAUGGACGCAUAUGGAGCCCUCGGAGUUUUCAACGCUGAGGGCGAAGAGCAUGCUCGGAAGCGCCAUCACUUCAACCCCGCAUUCUCUGACAGAGCGCUCCGCGAGCAAGAACCCAUAGUUAUGCAAUACAUCAAUGGCCUAAUGAAUAGCUUCACUAAAAAGGCAAAGACCGGAGAGCCCGUCGAUUUAUCCCAAUGGUUCGACUUCGUCACCUUCGACGUCAUCGGAGACAUAAUGUUCGGAAGCGACGUGUUCGGAUGCGUUGAGAGCUCGCGCUACCACCCACUUGUAUCCGAUCUCUUCUCGCGGUUCGAGGCAAUAGUGCUCAACAUGGCUUUUGAGAGGAUCGCGCCACCGCUCGCUUCCUUACUUAGGAUCCUGACGCCCAAUCACAUUAAACAGCGACAAAAAGCCCAUGCCGACACGAUCAAAUCCUUGGUUGAUUGCAGAUUGAAUACAAUUACGAAUCGACCCGAUUUCAUAUCAUUCCUCCUCAGUCAGGAUAGGAAGGCCCCAUUUACUGCGGCCGAUAGGAACGAAAUCUAUCCCACAGCCUCCCAGACGAUGCUAGCCGGGAGUGAAACGAUUGCCACGACGUUAUCGGGUUGUAUUCUCUUUCUACUCCAACAUCCAGAUGCGAUGGCCAAAGCGAAGCAGGAAAUCCGCACGACGUAUAAAUCGGUGGAUGAGAUUAACCCAUCUGCUCUAGCUACUAAUAAGUAUUUCCUCGCCGUCCUUGAUGAGUCGAUGAGACUGUAUACCGCGGUUCCUGGGCACAUAAGACGUUACGUGCCGGCCGGAGGGUGUAACAUACUCGGUACCUUCAUUCCCGAAGGGACAUUUGUCGGUUUCACGGCGUAUUCGGCGUAUCGCGAUGAGUCCCAUUUCAAGGAGGCCGAAAAGUUUAUUCCGGAGCGAUGGUUGGGGACCGAUCCUCAAUAUGAAAAUGACAAUCGGGAGAUGGUGCGCCCGUUUGGUUAUGGACCUAUGGAUUGUAUCGGGAUGAAUCUGGCACGUUUCGAACUGCGCAUGGUUCUAGCUCGGCUUAUUUGGCAGUUUGACCUAGAGCUUAUGUCCGAGAGUAGGGAUUGGUUUGAUCAGAAGGUGUUCAUUAUCUGGUAUCGAAGGCCGUUGCUUGUUAAAUUGGUGGCGAGGGAUUUGUCUUCGAAAUCAACUUAAGAUGGAUGGCUGUGCGA